UAUUUCAAAUUGAUAAGAUUGAAUUGAAAUUUUAUAUCAUACAAUUAUUUUCAACUUAAACCUUAAUUUUAAAUUUUUAGUCUGUACUUUGUAAUUAUACAUAAUUUAAUUUCAUUAGACUGUAAAUAAUUGUACAUAAAAUAUACACAGUUUAAAGUAACAAAAUUAUUCUUACAGAAAUAUAAACAUGGCUGAAGAAGAAUCAAAUUCCAAACCAUCAUAUCCUCUGAAAGUGUUAUAUUGUGGUAACUGUUCACUUCCGCCUGAAUAUUGUGAUUUUUCCUCAGAUACUGAUCGUUGCCGGGAAUGGCUUGAAAAGUAUUUACCUGAUGAAUUUAAUAGAAUAAUGACAUCAAGUGGAACUGCUGGAGGUGAUGAUUCUGAUGAGAAAAAACGUCAAAAACGUGGUGGAAAAGGCAUGGUAAAGUCAAAGAAGAAAGAUGAUGGUCCCAAACAAGUAUGUUUAUCUAGAGCACCAAGAGGCAAAAAGAAAUCAGUUACUGUUGUAACUGGCUUGAGUACAUUCAAUAUUGAUUUGAAAGUUGCAGCUAAAUUUUUUGGUACUAAAUUUGCUUGUGGAUCGAGUGUGACAGGCGAGGAUGAAAUUGUCAUACAAGGUGAUGUCAAAGAUGACUUGUUUGAUAUAAUACCUGAAAAAUGGCCUGAAAUUGAUGAAGAUUACAUUGAAGACCUCGGAGAUCUUAAACGGUGAUCACAAAAUUUAUUUAUUUUCAAUGUGAAACAAAUGAUUCAACCAUUGAAUUUUUGUUUGACUGAAGGCAAUAUCCAGUCUUUGUUGUCUACCUGGAAUAUUUAAAUUUAUAAAACCAAUAUAUUGCUAUGGGAUAUAUAUUAUUUCCAAUCAUUUAA